AUGCUGUACACCGUGGAUGCAAGGCACGAGCAGUGCGAGCACUACACAGGAGUGUGGAACAAGCCAACCAUGCAGUACACCGUGGAUGCAAGGCACCAGCAGUGCGAGCACUACACAGGUGUGUGGAACAAGCCAACCAUGCAGUACACCGUGGAUGCAAGGCACGAGCAGUGCGAGCACUACACAGGUGUGUGGAACAAGCCAACCAUGCAGUACACCGUGGAUGCAAGGCACCAGCAGUGCGAGCACUACACAGGAGUGUGGAACAAGCCAACCAUGCAGUACACCGUGGAUGCAAGGCACCAGCAGUGCGAGCACUACACAGGAGUGUGGAACAAGCCAACCAUGCAGUACACCGUGGAUGCAAGGCACGAGCAGUGCGAGCACUACACAGGAGUGUGGAACAAGCCAACCAUGCUGUACACCGUGGAUGCAAGGCACGAGCAGUGCGAGCACUACACAGGAGUGUGGAACAAGCCAACCAUGCUGUACACCGUGGAUGCAAGGCACGAGCAGUGCGAGCACUACACAGGAGUGUGGAACAAGCCAACCAUGCAGUACACCGUGGAUGCAAGGCACCAGCAGUGCGAGCACUACACAGGAGUGUGGAACAAGCCAACCAUGCUGUACACCAACAACAGUAUGCUGUUAGGUUAUGCAGACGAUGAGUCACAAUAA